AUGACGUUAACGGAUGCUGAUGAACAUAGUCCUAUGGAUGGAGUUGUCACCAAACGUGGAAAGCCUAUAACGCCUGAUGAACUUAAACGUAUAAUAGAUGAAACACAAGAACAUCCCAUUUCAUUGGGAGAAAAAUGGUUUGUUAUUCCCUCUCAUUGGUGGUCAAAAUUGUUGAAAGCAGCACAAGAAAGGUCACUCGAUGAUAUUCCAGCAAUCGAUUGUACGAGCAUAUCAAACUCUACGCAGCAAGGCUUCUUCUUAAAAUCAAACUUGGUCGAGGCGGCCGAUUUUCAGUUGUUGCCUGAAAAAAUUUUCAACAGACUUCGCGAAAUUUAUGGUCUUGUAAAUGAGAAUCGAGAUUAUAUUCAGAGAGAAGUAGUGGAGAAGACUGGCAGUCGUGUCAUCGAAGUUUAUCCACGAGUUCUUACGGUGUCUCUCGCCAGAGAUUCCUUGAAAAUACAUACUUUGAUAAUAGCUAUAGAUGAUAAUAUGGAAACUUUGAAAGGACGUGUACUCAAUGAGUUAAGAGUUCGGGAUGUACCUGAAUCAAAUAUCCGAUUUUACAUAGAACAAGAUAAUGUAUACGAAUUAAUAGAGCCAACACAACAAAAUGUAGAUGCUUAUUUCGAUACAGCUCAAAAGGUUGUUGUCGACAUAAAGGAAGAUGACUCAUGGUUCAUCAUGCAAAAUAAGAGUAUCACCACUUUUGGGAACCGACAUCUAUCAGGGUUCUGGUUUCAUCUAACACGAGUUCUGCGUUUGCUAACAAAUUGGCGAUGGUUUCUCUCUACCGCUUUAUCUUUCGUACUACCGUCUAGCCCAGAAAGAAGCUAUGGAAUACCGCCAUACGUACAAGAGAGAGGUCCAAACCAUACUCCUGGGGUGUGUGGAUUGCAUAACUUGGGCAACACUUGCUUCAUGGCAUCAGCUAUACAGUGCUUAUCGAAUGUACCGGCAUUAACAGAAUAUUUCGUGUCUGAUCGAUAUAACUCUGAUAUCAAUGCCGUUAAUCCGUUGGGAACAAAAGGCGAACUAGCAAAAGCAUAUGGAGAUCUGAUGAAAAUGAUGUGGUCAGGCUCUUAUAACAGUGUUCAACCAAGAAAGCUGAAGACGACCAUCGGUCAAUAUGCGCCAAGGUUCGGAGGAUAUUCUCAGCAAGACUCUCAAGAGCUUAUGGCAUAUCUGCUUGACGGAUUGCAUGAGGAUUUGAACAGAGUGAAAAACAAACCAUAUAUGGAAGAAGAAGAAGAUAUGUCGAAAUAUGACGAAUAUGAACAUGCUGAAUUAGCUUGGAUGGCGUACAAAUCUCGCAAUGACAGCAUCAUUGUGGAUAAGUUCCACGGUCAAUUGAAGUCUACUUUAGUUUGUCCCGUUUGCUCAAAGGUCAGCAUCAAAUUUGAUCCUUUCUGCUUCUUAUCCGUUCCGUUACCAAACAAGGACAAACUUCAUAAGCAGAUCAUCAUACUUAUGAGGGAGCAAAAACAGAGUUACAGCUCUUCUGGACAGAAAAGCUGGGCAAAAUUCUCGAUGAGUGUGACACAGUCCACGACAUUGGAAGAGGCGAAAGCUAUUAUGAGAAAUACUUUGAAUCAAGAUUUGAACUAUGUCUUAUUCUCUGUUUCCUCGCCCAGUGACGAUAUAAAGGUUAUUGCACCUGGAGAGACUCUAAUAAGAGAGGAUAGACCAAGAGAACUGUACGCUACUAUAUUAGAUCAUCCGGCUGAGUCAUCAAAACUGUUGGUAGUCAAGAAUCAAAGCAGUACCGGAAGACCGACCUCCGUACCCAUGAUUUAUUCCGCUCUCGAUGCAUCUCAUUUUACCAGACAAUUCCUACUCACACGAGCUUUGACCUUCACCAAGACAAUGUUUUUGGAAUCUGAUAAGUUCACAGUUUGGUCAGAAAAGAAUCAAAACAACGAUGAUUCUAUGAGUGGAUGUGAUACCGAUCUAACUGAUAGCUUCAAAUUAUAUGUGAGGAAAAGUGACGGAAAUUAUCAAGAAGUCGUGGAGGAUGGACCUUUGCCAUUAACCAAUGAUAAUAUCAAUGUUGUCGUUUUUAAAUGGAAUGACGGGACGAAGCCUUUCAAUAAUUAUAAAGGAUCUGAUGUUAUUGAGAGAGAAUGUGGAAUCACAGUUCGAAAAGAAAUCCGACUUGAAGAAUGUAUUGAUCUUUUCACAAAAAAAGAAGAACUUGAAGAGGAGGAUAGUUGGUACUGCCCACAAUGUAAAAAACAUCAGAGAGCCUCAAAAAAACUGGAGUUAUGGAAACUGCCCGAGAUUCUUAUCGUUCAUCUCAAACGCUUCCAAUACAGUCGUUGGACGCGAGAAAAGUUAGAACAACUAGUUCAAAUACCGGUCAGAAACUUCGAAUUAAACUCUAAAUUAGCCAAUUCUCGCCAUGAGCAUAUAAAAUACGAUUUGAUUGCCGUCACUCAUCAUAUGGGAGGCAUGGGUGGAGGGCAUUACACUGCUACAGCCUUAAACAAAAGCACUAAAAAAUGGUACGACUUCAAUGAUUCUGCCACAUCUGUAGCAACACCUCCUACGGAUCCUUUAUGCAGUCGAUCACCUUAUUUGCUGGUAUUUUGCCAAAAAAACCCAACCCCCGAUGGUGCUCACGCUGAUUCAAACUUCGAAAUGGAAACUGAUCAGUAA